GUCAGGCCUCGUUGAAGACGAUUUGAUCGAUCUCCAUGGCGAUCUUAUCGACUUCGACGACGGCCUUACCGACCUUGACUGAAGGUCUCCAAACACUUCCUAAAGGCAAUAUUUUAGGAAGUGUUACGAGGAAGCCGGGCUUGGCGCCGAAGAGGAUCGGCUUAUAAUUAACCAUCCCGAACGACUCCCGGUCAAAGUGGUGUUUUUUUAAAUAAAAUAAAAAUCAAAACAAAAAAAAAAAAAUAAAACGUACUCCCGGUGCUCCAAUUAAUUGAAAAAAAAUAAAACAAACAAAAAAAGUGUUUCAAUUCCCACCAACCAACACAAUGGAUCCAGCCCAAAACCCAGAGUUGUGCGUUGUGUGUUUUGCAUAUCACCCAUUGAGAUAUUGCAAGAUGUUCCGUAAGUUGACAUUGGAGCAACGACUUUAUGUGGUGAGAACCCAUAAGUAUUGCUACAAUUGCUUCUCGCGGACUCAUCUGAUAGGUAGCUGUAUCUCAAUGGGUGCGUGCCAAAUAUGCUGCGAUUUGCACCACACAUUGCUGCACCCAAGGACUUCUGCUCAGGUACCAAGGCAAAGCCAAAGGUCACGCCCACGCGCUCGCAGAAGCCUUCCCAACCCUCCUCAACAGAGAGCUCAACGGCGGUUAGAUGACCUCCGUCAACGCCUGCAACAACAGCAGCAGGUAAUUCAACAGCAACAACAACAACUACAGCAGCAACAACGCCAACGACAACAACAACAACAGCAGCAACAACGCCAACGGCAACUACAGCAACAAUCUCAGCGGCAGCCACAACGACGCCAACAACAACAGCGCCAACAACAUCAACCACAAACCAUAGCCGUUCCUCAGCCUGCGGCAUCGCCAGCCUCAACCCAGGGGCUGGUCAACCAAAUAGUUUCGGCCCUCAGCCAACUCACUGGAUCGACAAUCGCACCAGUGCAAGGAGGCCGGCAUGUCGAAGUCCGUUCAGGCCUCGUUGAAGACGAUUUGGUCGAUCUCCAUGACGAUCUUAUCGACUUCGACGACGGCCUUACCGACAUUGACUGAAGGUCUCCAAACACUUCCUAAAGGCAAUAUUUUAGGAAGUGUUACGAGGAAGCCGGGCUUGGCGCCGAAGAGGAUCGGCUUAUAAUUAACCAUCCCGAACGACUCCCGGUCAAAGGGGUGUUUUUUUAAAUAAAUUAAAAAUCAAAACCAAAAAAAAAAAAAUAAAACGCACUCCCGGUGCUCCAAUUAAUUGAAAAAAAAAAAAUAAAACAAACAAAAAAG